AUGUAUGCCCACGAGUUGCUUCAUCACCUACCACGGUAUGAGGUGCCAUCAUCAACCGGUAGAGCACCUGCGUUUCAGUAUGGUCACUACGUCGACUAUUUGAUCCAAAUGUUUUGCCUCGAGCGUAUCCGCCACCUCGAGGAUCCGACUAUAGCGUGGGAUGGUCCAGCCUGGUUUUCACGGAAGGUGUUGCUCUUUGAAUGCGUUAGUGAGGUAUACUGGGUACAGCACCUCACGCAUUGGGACGGGCGGAAGCAGUUUGACAUGCUCAGCCGCAGACAAGAGGGAUCGGAGCGUGGUGAGGCUUACAAGGAAGCCAGCCAGUUUGUGCAAGCCAUUCUUGAUACGUCGUCGACGAUGAAACUAUCACAUGGGAUUGUCACAGAACAGAGGGAGUAUCUGGCUAGAAUCUGGGACGAGGAAAGAAACAAGGACGCAGAUAUUUCCCCUGGAACUUUUGCAGCGCAUUUGAGGUGGGCCAGUGAGAACUUCAAACAGGCCCGCCCGCUUGUACCUUUACUUUUACCGGUGCGUGAAGAUGGCUUAUUAAAAGGGGCCUUGCUUGAGGCCGUUGGAACCCGUCAUCCUCACUGGGACGUAUAG